UCCGCCCGGAGCGCCGCGGCCUCGGCGGCGGGCGGCGGGCGCCGAGCUGACCGCCUCCCCCGGGUUUGACUUGUGUGAUUCUAGCCCAAGUUGCAGGAUGGUUUGUUCUUGGGACCAGACAUGACCAGAAGCUGACCUCAUAAGCAUGACAACCUCUCCAGCCGCCAUGCUUCUCCGGAGGCUGCGGCGACUCUCCUGGGGCAGCACCGCUGUCCAGCUCUUCAUCUUAACUGUAGUGACAUUUGGCCUGCUGGCCCCUCUGGCCUGUCAUCGGCUUCUGCACUCGUACUUCUAUCUGCGCAAUUGGCAUCUGAACCAAAUGAGCCAAGAAUUCCUGCAGCAAAGCCUGAAGGAGGGGGAAGCUGCCCUCCACUACUUUGAGGAGCUUCCCUCUGCCAACGGCUCGGUGCCCAUUGUCUGGCAGGCCACGCCCCGCCCCUGGCUGGUGAUCACCAUCAUCACUGUGGACAGACAGCCUGGCUUCCACUAUGUCUUGCAAGUGGUGUCUCAGUUCCACCGGCUUCUGCAGCAGUGUGGUCCCCAAUGUGAGGGACACCAACUCUUCCUUUGCAAUGUGGAACGGAGUGUGAGCCAUUUUGAUGCCAAGCUGCUCUCCAAGUACGUCCCCGUGGCCAACCGCUAUGAGGGCACCGAGGAUGAUUACGGGGAUGACCCUUCGACCAACUCAUUUGAGAAAGAGAAACAGGACUAUGUCUAUUGCCUGGAGUCAUCACUGCAGACCUACAACCCAGACUACGUACUGAUGGUGGAAGAUGACGCCAUUCCAGAAGAGCAGAUCUUCCCAGUGUUGGAACAUCUUCUGAGGGCUCGCUUCUCUGAGCCACACCUUCAAGAUGCCCUGUAUUUGAAGCUCUACCAUCCUGAGAGGCUGCAGCACUACAUCAACCCAGAGCCCAUGAGGAUCCUGGAGUGGAUCGGCGUGGGCAUGUUGCUGGGGCCUCUGCUAACCUGGCUUUACAUGAGGUUUUCCAGCCGCCCGGGCUUUAGCUGGCCUGUUAUGCUCUUCUUCUCCCUGUACAGCAUGGGGCUGGUGGAACUGGUGGGCCGGCAUUAUUUCCUGGAACUGAGGCGCCUGAGUCCUUCCUUGUACAGUGUGGUUCCUGCCUCUCAGUGUUGUACCCCAGCCAUGCUCUUCCCAGCCCCUGCAGCCCGCCGGACCCUCACCUACCUGUCCCAGGUGUACUGCCACAAAGGCUUUGGCAAGGACAUGGCACUGUAUUCACUGUUGAGAGCCAAAGGAGAGCGGGCCUAUGUGGUGGAGCCUAACCUUGUGAAACAUAUUGGGCUCUUCUCCAGCCUCCGGUACAACUUCCAUCCCAGUCUGCUGUAGGGUGCCAAGAAAUGCCUUUCUGAAGCCGGCCUCUCCCUGGAAAUUCAUAUACAAGCUCUUUGUGUAGACAUGGUUGCUUGCAGAUAUUCCAUUGUUUGAUGUUGCUAGGCAUAAAGGCACUGGGUCAGCUGAGGAGUGCAGUUACAUAAGGAGCCUUGACUGGUCAUCCCCCAACAGAAGCAGCAGUUUGUCACAGGUUCAGACCUCUCCCUCCACACAGCCACACUGCCUCAUGCAGUCUGUCCCACCCAGAGAGGGUACAUGUAAUGCCAGUUAUAUUCUCUAGUUAUGUUUAAGCUCUGCCUUCUGUUAGAGCUGGUAACUGCCAAAAGUCUCGUGUACAGUGAGUGGUAUAUGAAUUGUUUUAGAAUCUUAAGGGUAAUGGAUUUCUUUCUCAUGGGGUAUGAGAAUGGUUUAUGUGUUUAGAAUCUAUGCCCAAAGAGGCAGGACCAUGUUGAUAUAUUCUGUUUGUUUCCUUGACCUGGUGUAAUAAAAACUGAUUGAAUCUGU